AGCCACAUGACAAUAGGCAGAUAUUAACACGUGAUUGAGCUAAAUAAAAGCAAAGCAACCAGGAACUCACCAACGUUGUUAUUCACAUCCUCUUCAAACGACGAGAAGUGCAGCUUAGCAAGAGUGCACAGGUGGCUAUCUGUGGGUUUGUGUUAAGAAAAACUGAAGAAAAUUGAGAAACAAUUUAAUAAUGCAAUGAUGCAUCAAGUGGAGUCGAUCUAACAGUCGUUGCUUCCUCAAUUCGGGCAAAGAUGUUUGGGAGCUUGCUGUUUGCAGUGUUUUGUGGCGUAGCACUGGCCCAUUUUAACUCCAAUCUAGACCAGCACUGGGAGAUGUGGAAGAAGACUCAUGGCAAGAUUUACUCCAGUGAGUUUGAGGAACUGGGCAGGAGGGAAUUGUGGGAGAGAAACAUUCAGCUUAUCACACUCCACAACCUGGAGGCCUCCAUGGGCAUGCAUACCUAUGAUUUGGGCAUGAACCAAAUGGGUGACCUGACGACAGAGGAGAUCAUGCAGACGUUUGCCAUGACCCGUAUCCCUCCUGGCCUUAAGAGGCAAACGGCAAAUAUUGUGGGCUCUUCUGGGGAUCCUCCCCCGGACUCUGUGGACUGGAGAGAGAAGGGCUAUGUCACCAGUGUAAAGAUGCAGGGUGCUUGUGGUUCAUGUUGGGCAUUUAGUUCUGUUGGGGCUCUUGAAGGACAACUGAAGAAGACCACAGGAAACCUGGUGGACCUCAGUCCUCAAAACCUGGUGGAUUGUUCCUCGAAAUAUGGCAACAAGGGCUGCAAUGGUGGAUUUAUGACCUCUGCCUUCCAGUAUGUCAUUGAUAAUGGUGGAAUAGACGCGGAGUCAUCUUACCCUUAUGAAGGAGUGCAAAAGCAGUGCAGAUACAAUCCAAUCCAGCAUGCCGCAAACUGCACCAAGUACUAUUUCGUUCGACAAGGAGAUGAGGAGGCCCUGAAGCAGGCUCUGGCUAACGUUGGGCCCAUUUCAGUAGCCAUUGAUGCCACCCGCCCUCAGUUUGUCAUGUACCGCAGUGGAGUUUACAAUGACCCAACCUGUACCAAAAAAGUGAACCAUGCCGUGCUAGCUGUGGGAUACGGAACAAUGGAUGGACAGGACUUUUGGUUGGUCAAAAACAGCUGGGGCCUCUACUUCGGAGAUGGUGGCUACAUCCGUAUAGCCCGAAAUCAGAACAACAUGUGUGGAAUUGCUUCAUAUGCCUGCUAUCCAGUAAUGUAACAAACACUGUUAAUGUAUGAACAACAUGUGUGGAAUUGCUUCAUAUGCCUGCUAUCCAGUAAUGUAACAAACACUGUUAAUGUAUGAACAACAUGUGUGGAACAACAUGUGUGGAAUUGCUUCAUAUGCCUGCUAUCCAGUAAUGUAACAAACACUGUUAAUGUAUGAACAACAUGUGUGGAAUUGCUUCAUAUGCCUGCUUUCCAGUUAUGUAACAAACACUGUUGAAAUGUAUGAACUUGCCACAAGAAAAUUAUUGUAUAAUCAAAUUUCUAGGAUGUGAUUGUGUGUUCUAAAUGUAAUGUGUUUUUUUUUUUUUUAAUUUCUGAUGUGUUUUAAAUAUGUUGAAUAUCUUGCAAAAUAAAUAUUCUA